AUGUUCGAAUGCCCGCCCGGCUGCGACAGUUUAGCGCAAAGCAGGCUGCCACAGGACGACGGGUCGCGUUUGCUGAACGAGACAAUCGUGGUAAAGGUUGUAGACAUGUUGAAUAUUAGCCGAUCCGUGAGUAGCCAGUUGGAGCCGCUGGUGGAGUCGGGCCGUAAAGUUGCCCCAGAAGAAGGCGACGAGACCCCCGAAAAGCAAUACAAAUCAACGGCAUUACCGGUAUACAAGUACGUUGUUGAGGAUCUAGGGGGUGCUCAGCGCUUCCUGGUUCUUCUUGAUACGCUCGAUGGCGACCUACCCCAGCCCGGCGCCAUUCUCAAGCUAAAAAACGCACCGCUACAACACGGCGUGCUGCUUUGUGGUAAAUCAAAUAUCGACGUGGUGGUUCUGGGCACGAGGCCGACGAGGGACCAACUUAGAGCCCGGCUCGACCUCGAGCUAGCUUCUUCCGGCUCUUGUUAA